AUGAUACCCGACCCCAAAUAUAAAUACAACUCCCUCCGCCGCAAAAUGACCACCCUAAUCGACACCCACAUCGCAGCAGCCCUAUCCCCCGACUACGAUUUCCCCUACGACCUCUUCAUCGACGGCACCGUCAUGGGCAGAAUGCUCAAAACCACACAAAAGGACUACGACUUCGCCCUGAAGACCCUCUACAACAGGGCUACUUUUCAAACCCAAACCUUGCAGGUUUUCAAGACCUUGAGAAAGGAGGGGUUUAUAACAGAGAAUGUGCUAGAGGAUUACAUCAACGAGACCCCUUACAGUGAUGAUAUAAACGACAGCGUGCACAAUAUGAAUUUACUGCUCCGCUGCUUCGAUCUCUGGGCAUUCGAUCGGUUCAUGGAAGAGUGUGGACCUAAUGAUUUCUUCGACAACCCGAUUACAUGGCUCGCAGUCGCUAUUAUCCGGAGUCGAAUUGACUACACCAAGCUCUUCGAAUAUCUCACCGACUCAAAGAUCCUUGGAACACCAAAGUCUAAAAAUCUCACAGAUCUAAAGCAGUACAAUGAAGGUAUCUCCACGAUUACUCAUGACCCCAAGGUAGCAUCUCAGCGUGAGGGAAUGGCAAGUGGGCGUAAGAACCAGUUAUAUAGGUAUGUGCUUCCGUCGGGUGUUGGGAAGGGGAAUAUGGAGGCGAUUGAUGCUUGUUUGAGAGAGUUGGAUGGGUAUCGGGUUUUUGAUGAGGAGUAUUUUGGGGGGGGGGGGAUUGGAAGGGUGUGA